UGGGAUUUGAAUCUGCGGCGGGCGGCGGCCGGAACUGUGGCCGUCUCCGCCGGCAUGGCGAGCCCUGGCCCCGGCGCUCGGUGUCCGGUGCGAGAGCAGCGCGCCCGUUGGGAGCGGAAACGCGCCCGCACCGCCCGGGAGCUGCUGGAGACCGAGCGGCGCUACCAGGAGCAGCUGGGGCUGGUGGCCACGUACUUCGUGGGGAUUCUCAGAGCCAAGGGCACCCUGCGACCACCAGAGCGCCAAGCCCUGUUUGGGCCCUGGGAGCUCAUUUACGGCGCCAGCCAAGAGCUGCUUCCCUACCUGGAAGGAGGGCACUGGGGACAGGGGCUGCAGGGCUUCUGCCCCCACCUGGAGCUCUACACUCAAUAUGCUGCUAACGCAGAAAGGUCCUGGACCACCCUGCAGGAGCAACUAAAGAGAAACAGACGUUUCCGGAGGUUCCUUCAGCUUCAGGAAAGCCGCCCUGAGUUUGGGGGCCUUCAGCUCCAGGACCUGCUCCCUCUGCCUCUGCAGAGGCUCCAGCAGUAUGAGAAUCUUGUUGUCAUCUUGGCUGAAAACACAGAUCCCAACAGCCCUGACCACCAACAGCUCACACGGGCUGCCCGGCUCAUAAGUGAGACUGCCCAGAGAGUUCACACCAUUGGUCAGAAACAGAAGAAUGACCAGCACCUCCGGCGUGUCCAGGCUCUGCUCAGUGGACGCCAGGCAAAGGGGCUUACCUCAGGUCGCUGGUUCCUACGCCAGGGCUGGCUGUUGGUCGUGCCUCCCCGUGGGGAGCCUCGGCCCCGCAUGUUUUUCCUCUUCUCUGAUGUGCUCCUCAUGGCCAAGCCUCGAUCUCCCUUGCACCUGCUGCAGAGUGGCACCUUUGCCUGCCAGGCCCUCUACCCCAUGGCCCAGUGUGAACUCCACAGGGUCUUUGGCCACUCAGGAGGCCCUUGCGGUGGACUUCUCAGUCUGUCCUUUCCCCAUGAGAAGCUACUGCUUAUGUCCACAGACCAGGAGGAGCUGUUGCGCUGGUACUGCAGUCUGACUUUGGCUGUCAGCGGCCAGAAGAACUAGAGGAAUCUUACAAAUUCCAGAAUCCGGAAUACUUCAGGGAUAGGUCAGAAUCAGGAGGACAAAGGAAUCUUCUUCAGUACUAAACAAAACGCAGGACUCUUCGUGGUUUGAGAAGGACCAUUUUGUGUUUGCCUGAGAACAAGCCAUGCCAGGUCAUUUAACCAGCUCUUAAGAAUGAGGAAACCAGGGGCUGGCCCCGUGGCCGAGUGGUUGAGUUCGCGUGCUCCGCUGCAGGCGGCCCAGUGUUUCAUUGACACUGCUCAUCAAACCACGGUGAGGCAGCGUCCCACA